CUCAGCUCCCUUCCUGUCCAAGCGUAUUUUCAUGACCUUUAUACAGCAUAGAAACACCCUAGAAUGUCAAAUAUACUUGAAGAGUACCAAGCCCUUAAGCAGUCGCUAGACGGCGACCUUGGCAAAAUAGAGCGCAUGAUUGCCGAGUCGGAGCACACCUAUCUAACAGCAGAGUACAGCCAAUGCGGAACUGCUCUAAAGGGCUUUGAGGGUUACCUCAACUCUAAAGACAUUCUCAGAAAGAAGACGCGCACAUUUAAACCGGAGGACCGGUUAUUCAGUCUCUCGUCAAAGUCCUCCCCGCCGAGCCGAGAAAUGGAGCAGCCGGCGCUUGAGGCCGUGGACAGCAUGACGCCGCUCAUCUUCGGAAGCAAGAAGGCCGCCUACGCGCAAAAGGGCUACGCACAGAAGGGCAAGCGCUGAGGGUCAAGUUCAUGGGCGUAUCAAGCGCUGAGCCGUCCAUGGGUUUGCAGGGGCGCUGUGCGGCGCCGUGCAGUGUGUGGAUGCUGUGGACGCGAGACGACACGAGUGACGACGUGACUUGACUGGUGUAUUCUUACUGACGAUAGAAGCAGGCAGCUGCAGGCGCCACUGCGUUGCGGCCUGGUUUUGACACUUGACUUAGCUUCACUGUGGUGUGUAUGGACAUGGCACAUGAAGGUGACAAUCUGUAUUUGCUGAAGCGAAGGGGAGGGGAAAACGGGCAGGUGGCGGCUCUGUGAUGGCUUACGGUCUCGUGUCAUGAUGUCUCCAUAUGGGCGCUUCAAUGAGCAAGCGCCCAUCAAGGUAUGGGGCAGAUUCAAUCUUAUGGGUAUGAGUGGCGUUCCCACCACGUCUGACACGUAUGCUCAAAUGCAGUGCAGCGCUGGUGCAGUGCGUGCUACAGAGUAGACGGGAGGUACCAAGGGUAGAUAGACGGACUGUACAGAUGCAGUUAGAGGCGCAGACGCUCGGCGAUGUCAAGGACCUUAUGUCUGCGGCCUAAGCGCACGGGAUGCAACCUCACCAAGGA